AUGUCUCCUCGCUGGACACGGUCCUCGAGCUCCUGAAAGACGCUUUCAACAGCAUCAGCCACUGCCCUCCCGGUGCGCUCUACAGCCAGCUCUGCCAGCUCCUGGCUCUGGCCGUGGGCAACCAGGACCCUCUCUCCACCGCGUACCUGCUCUCCGAGUCGGUCUCCGUCACCACUCGCCAUCAGAUGCUCAGCGUCAUCCACAGGAAGAUUCACAAAGAGAAGAAGUCAGCGGGGGACGUGGCCAAGCAGCUCCGUGGGCUCUCCUUGCAGGAGGGGAGCGCUGCCCAGCGCAGCCACCACCUCGCCGAGCUCGAGAGGUUCUUCAUGUUCAGCUCCGCAGGGCUGGGCUCUGAGGUGCGGGACAGUUUCCGGACGCAGCUGCAGCAGAUCCCCAGCGGGGUGACCGUGUGCGUGCUGACCCUCGUCAGCGUCCAGCCUGGCUCCGUAGGGGACACGCUGCUGCUGACACGGUUGGAGAAGGGCACCACUCCCGUGACCAUCCGCAUCCCCACCGCGCCCGACAAG